CGGGUGGCUAGGUCAGUUUCAGCCAUGCUGCCGAGGGUACUGGUGUGUCUUGGUGCUUUCUGGAGCUUCAGCGUGGCCCAGCAACGACUAGACCUUUAUGAAGGAGAUAUUUGCAAGGAGACGCCAGGAGCGUUGUGGACUUGUAAGGCAAGGAAAGAUUGUCCUACUGCUGGAGGUUUGAGCGAUGGCAAUACAGUUCAAGAGUGUAACAGCCAAGGCUCGGAGCCUAUAGUCUGCUGCGAACCUUCCCUGAAACAACAUACGGAUGUGGGAGCCAAGACGAGAUUGAUGUGCAAGAAGUACGCAGAGUAUGUAUACGUUUCUGGCACUCUGGAUGACGGAGAUGUGGUGAAGUUAGACACAUGUGGGUUUAUAGAGCCUUUCAAAAGGAGCGUUAGAAGUGUUGGUAUGAAUACUUCGCCAAUGGAAUUCCCUCACAUGGCCUUGAUUGGAUAUGGAGAAAAUAAUGCUAUCACAUGGCUUUGUGGUGGAAGCUUGAUCAGCGAGAGAUAUGUCCUUAGUGCCGCUCAUUGCAAUGACGCUGGUCCAAAAAGAGGACUUGCAAGAUGGGUGAGACUGGGAGAUUAUAACGCUAAGAACACCGACGAUGACGAGAUGGGGCUUGCGAAGACAAUGAAGUACGAGAUCAUAGAGAGGAUCAUCCAUCCGGAAUACCUUCGGCGCAGUGUGUACAACGACAUCGCGUUGUACAAGCUGGAGAAGAAUGUAGAGUUCAACGAGUACGUCAGACCGAUCUGCUUGCAGACUAAACAUCAGUUUGCCAAAUCCUAUGUCAUUGGUGCAGGAUGGGAUCCUAACGAACGCUUGGGCAAAAAUAAUGGUGUCCUGCAAAAAGUAAAUUUGACAAUUACUCCAAGAAAACAAUGCAGUGAAGCCUAUGAAAGUGUUAAAGCAACAGAAAAGCUGAAGAGUGGAAUAGACGAUGCUUCAAUGGUCUGUGCUGUAGACAAAGAAAAUGCAGACCCUUGCUUGGUUGACGCAGGAGGACCUAUUAUGAUACGGUUGACGACGCCUUACUGCAUGUACAGUCAAGUUGGUAUCGCCUCUUUUGGGACUCAAUGCUCUGGUAACAGACCAGGGGUCUAUACGCGAGUGUCCCGUUAUGUGCCUUGGAUAGAGAGCAUUGUAUGGCCUUGACGAGGACUUUUCUUCACCCUUGUAUAGAGGACAGGGGGAUAUAAGGAUAAUAUUGUUUAAUGUUAUAUACAAACAUUACUGAAGAA